AUGUCCUCCCCCCAUUUCAACCUUUUCCUCAACUCAUCCCCACCAGGUGCAACUAGCCCAACUAGAGUACCAGCUGCCACGCCUGACGUGCAUGUGGACGCAUCUGGAGAGGUGGUGGGGCUGACACGUGCGUGCAUGCAACUUGAUAUCACCCCCUGUUUGCCCUUCCCCUUCUCGACCCCCCACCAGGUGCAACUAGCCCAGCUAGAGUACCAGCUGCCGCGCCUCACGCGCAUGUGGACGCAUCUGGAGCGGCAGGCAGGCGGCAUGGUGAAGGGCAUGGGAGAGAAGCAGAUCGAAGUGGAUAAACGAAUCAUCAGAGAACGGACUCACACCAGAGCGGCCGCACUGCAAACAUUCUCGACUCUCCCUCUCUCCUACCACUGGUGGGAUACACCAACCAACGCCGGUAGACUCACACCAGAGCGGCCGCACUGCAAACAUUCUCGACUCUCCCUCUCUCCUACCACUGGUGGGAUACACCAACCAACGCCGGUAGACUCACACCACAGCGGCCGCACUGCAAACAUUCUCGUUUCUCCCUCUCUCCUACCACUGGUGGGAUAUACCAACCGACCCUCUCUCGCUCCUCUUCCCCUCCUCAUUUUUCCUGCUUUUUUCCACCAGAUGGCAGCGUUGAGGCGCAGCCUCACAUCAGUGAGGGAGCACAGACAGCAGCACAGGGACAGGCGGGCCGGGCUGCCCAUCCCGGUGCUGUCACUGGUGGGGUACACCAACGCGGGCAAGAGCACUCUGCUCAACCGGCUUACAGGCGCAGGCGUGCUGGCUGAAGACAAGCUGUUUGCUACCCUCGACCCCACCACUCGCCGCACACAGGUGAGUGCCUCUGCUCUGCUCCGCUGCUUGUUCCUUGCUGGCCUUGGUUGA